CCAACAACUUCAAUCUCAAUGGUGCAAAGGACUGUUUUGAAGAUAGAUUUCUCAUGUCCAAAAUGCAGGAAAAAGGUACUCAAGGCUGUCACUGGAUUACAAGGUGUUGAUAAGAUUGAAAUAGAUGCAGCAAAGAGUACAUUAACAGUCACAGGCGAUGCAGAUCCUUACAAAAUAGUAGUUCGUGCAAGGAAAAGUGUAAGAGCUGCAGAAAUCGUGAGCAUUGGAGCUCCACCACCCCCACCAAAACCAAAUGAUGGAAAAAAGCCUGCGGAUGACAAAAAAACUGGUGCUGGUGGUGACAAAAAAUCUGGUGGCGAUGGUGUCAAAAAAGCUGAUGCAGAUAAGAAGGCUGACAACAAGAAGCCUAAUAAUGAUGGGAAGAAGCUCCAACAAAAGAAUACAUCCAUGAUGGUAUAUGAAGGUUAUUACCCUCCGCCGCCUAUACCUCAGCCUCAGCCAUACAAUAUGUAUGUUCAAGUAGUUGAUCCCGCUUAUGAACCCGUCUCGCCAUGCUCCAUUAUGUGACAUAUAAUGUUCUUCUUAGAUAUUUUAAACAACACAACUAUGAGGCUAAAGAGAUUCAGCUUAUUAUUUCAUCUUAAUAAAGUAUUGAGUCAUAAUUUCUUUCAAUUU